AUGAGUCAUCCAGUCGAUAAAAGCAACAUCCAGGGCGGUAUCUGGCCGCGCUUGCCCAAGGAGUUUGAGUCCUACCUUUUCUACAAGAUCACGAAUGUGAACAGAUUCCGCAAUGACCUCAAAGAUUUUAUCGACGAAAUCACCACUGGAGAGCAGUGUGAAGAGCGUCUGGGAAAGAUCAGCUCGGCUGCAGAGAGUGGCAGACCAACAAAAAUUCCCAUGUCGGGUAUAAAUGUCUCAUUUUCCCAGAAGGGGCUGCAAAAAUUGAACCUAGCGCAAAUCAACGAUGGCCUUUUUGAGAAGGGUAUGUACAGCGAUCUCAUCUUCGAAGGCGCCGACAUCCCAGAGAGAUUGCUUCCCGAGUUCAAGCCACCUCCUGGACACCCAGCAAACGAUGACAGCUGGCGAAUUGACUUGGUCUUCAUCGUGGCUGCGUCCAGCGAGCAAACUCUGAAUGAGGGAAUUGCCAAGAUUGAGACCAAUUUCCACCUAAGAGACUUGAACAAGAGUAGUAUGGAAUCGGUAGUCGCGAAGCAUGGACAGCGUCGGCCCGGAGAACUCCGUGGCAGAGAGCACUUCGGCUUUGAGGAUCACAUCUCGCAGCCUCAGAUCCAGGGUCUGGAUCCCGAGCCGGGUCCACGGAGACCCACGACGGGAAACUCCCCCCCUUGGUCCGUGGAAGGUAGUUUUCUUGUGUUCCGUCAACUAGAUGAGAAGGUCCCUGAGUUCAAUAAAUUUAUUGAGAAAGCUGCAAAGGAUAUUCCGAACUAUACUGGAGUCAACGGUGCCGAAAAACUGGCCGCACACAUGAUGGGACGUUGGAAAAGUGGCGCGCCCGUCGCUUUAACUCCCGACAAGGACGACAAGAGUCUUGCAUUCAGAAACGACUUCGAUUUCCGGCCCAAGCAGAGCAUUUUGGGUUGCCCGUUCGCCGCGCAUGCCCGUAAAAUGCGUCCAAGAGCCGACCACAAGCGCGACCUGGGCAAAGACGACGACUUUGUGAAAGGUCAAUUCACCGAUCCGUUGGUUCACGACACCAGCAACCCCCCGGAUGUGGAGGUUGACAGUGACGAGGAACCUGAUCAGGAACCUGACAAGGAAGAUGCUACCGUUAUUCUGCGCCGUGGUAUCACGUUUGGACCUGAGCUUGGACCGGAUGAGACGGAGAAAACCACCAAAAGCCGUGGUAUUUACUUCACCUGCUACCAGAGUGACAUCCGAGAUGGAUUUAAUCUUCUUAUGACCCGCUGGGCAAGCAACAGCGUGUUCCCGACGUCCAAGAAGAGAGCUCACAAGGACGGCCCUGGAAUGGAUCCAUUCAUCAACCAGAGACAGCGUAAGGACCAUCCUGAAGGUCAUAUCAGUUUGUAUGACGGUGUGGAUUCGGAGAAGACCCACAAACUCGAGCUUGGAACGAGUCCCUGGGUGGAUCAGCGAGGAGGAGAGUAUUUCUUUACUCCAUCCAUUCGAGGCCUGCGCUGGUUCUGCAAUGCACCGCAGCUGCAUUAA